GGUCAACGGUGGCCAUGUUUGUAUUUCCAGCUGGUGGAUGCGGGCUAGCUAACCGGUUAGCCAUAUGAGCCGCUUUUGCCUCUUUCUUCGGGGUGAAAAAUAACGGAGCGGCCCUGCCAACCCGUUAACGACGGCUUUUGUGAAAGUCGCCAUGCCGGUCCACUCGCGGGAGAAGAAAGAAAGCAACCACGAAGAAAUGGAGGUGGAUUUUCCAGAGCAAGACGGCAGCAGCACAGACGAGGAGGACACCGUUAGCUCGUCCGUGUCUGAAGAUGGAGACAGCUCCGAGAUGGACGAUGAGGACUGCGAGAGGAGGAGGAUGGAGUGUCUGGAUGAGAUGACCACACUAGAGAAACAGUUCACUGACUUGAAGGAGCAGCUGUAUAAAGAGCGCCUGAGCCAGGUAGACAUCAAGCUGCAGGAGGUGAUGGCCGGCUGUGCCCAGGAGUACCUGGAACCGUUGGCCAACCUACAGGAGAACAUGCAGAUUAGGACCAAAGUGGCCGGAAUCUAUAGGGAGCUGUGCUUGGAGUCGGUGAAGAACAAAUAUGAGUGUGAGAUCCAAGCUGCUUGCCAACACUGGGAGAGUGAGAAGUUGCUGCUCUUUGACACCGUACAGAGUGAACUAGAGGAGAAGAUAAGAAGACUGGAGGAAGACAGACACAGUAUCGACAUUACCUCAGAGUUGUGGAAUGAUGGAUUACACUCACGGAAAAACAAGAAAAAGGACCCGUUCUGCCCCGUCAAGAAGAAGAAGCCCGUUGUUGUUUCCGGACCUUAUAUUGUUUACAUGCUGCAAGAUCUGGAUAUUCUUGAAGACUGGACCGCAAUAAGAAAGGCUAUGGCAUCGCUGGGGCCACACAGGGUGAAGGUGGACGUCCCUGCAGUGAAGCCUGACAGACAUCACCACGUGGCGCGCUCCGAGGACGGUCGACUUUUCUACGACAACCAGUGGUACUGCAGGGGACAGGCCAUCUGCAUCAACAGGAAGGACGAGUACCCGACCAGCGCCGUCAUCACCACCAUCAACAACGACGAGGUCUGGUUCAAGCGGCUGGACGGCACCAAGUCAAAGCUGUACAUCUCCCAGCUGCAGAAAGGCAAAUACACGAUCAAACACUCGUAGAAGCACACACUUACUCACAUGUACACACAAAGACCAUCAUCUCUGCUGUGUUUCCUGUCGUCUCCUCUUCUGUGUGGCAUCUUGUUACAUUCACACAAACUGAUGCACACCUCACUUCACGCCCCGUGUGCACAAAAACAAACAAAAAAAAUGCUGUCUAAAAACAGACAUGCUGGUAUUAGGAGACUGUACAUAUGUAUAUGUUUGUUGAUAUUAUCGACAAGGUCACAAAGUGUCAUUUUCUCUGGAACGGAGAUCAAUGCAAAGUGCUGCUAAAAAGAAAAAAACGGAAGGGAGAAAAACCGGAGCAGUAGCAAACUGUGAAGCGCGGAGCUCAGUCGCGUGCCUUUCUGAGACGAGACGACGCCUCGACUGAUGCGGGGCUUUGAAAUAUGAAAUAAAACAAACAAAAAAAACUAGCCCUGAACUAUGAAUCUCUACGCAGUGAAGCCUUACUCUGUGCUGGGUUAGCACCAGGAGGACAGAAGCGGGUCAGUGAACGAGUCAACGUCAGAGGUGCGUUUGGUUUGCCUCUCCGGACGCACCGGUAAGACUUGAAUUUCAUACGGAGUAUAAUAAAUCUGUAUUAGGAUCCCCAGGGAGCCCAGAACAAGUUUGAUUUAGUAAAAAAAAUGUGUCAAUAUGGAGACGGAGAAAGAUUAAUCAAUAUUGAGUAAAUGGUUAUCAUGUGAACAUAAUGAGAUUAAGCUGACCGGGGUUUGGUUUAGACCCACUUGGGGAGCCGAUGUAUUAAAUGAUCUUUUGAUGUUUUAGUGUAAUAUUUCCCUACAUUUUUAAGUUCAAAACAACCUCUUGCACUUAGUAAACCAGAACAGUUUGAAUCUGCAUUUUGAGCGUCCCGUCAUGGGAGCUGCCUGUAAAUAGACACAUUGAUGUUUUGUAAUUCCUGUCAUGUUGCCAUUCGUCUCAUAGUGCCUAGAACUUUACAUUUAAGGCAGGGUCCAGGCUUUAGUUUAGUCAAGACUUGGAACUAAAAAAGCUCUACUCCACAGGUUUGGGCUGUUUUUUUUUUUUCCUCUGUGGGGUCAUGAAAGCCUCAAAUCUGCGGUGCCAUUUUUCAGCGUUUUCUAUUCAUUGUCCUCCUGUUGUCUUUGUUCCUUCCUCUUUGUUGUCACUUCUGUUUCUUUUGUCUUCUUCUUUCCUGUCAGUGAAAAUAUUCCUCAACGCUGAUGUAUCAACAGAACAAAGAAAAAUCAAGUUGUUUUUGUGAGUGUGUGUGAUCCGUCCGAUCAAACUUUCUUUGUAAAUUACGCUUGAUUGAUUGAAGGAGAUCUUGCUUUGUAUUUACAGGGCUUUAUUUUUAGCACUGCGCACGUAUUUCAAAGUAUGACCUGCCAACAGUAUUGUGAAGAAGAGGCGCUUGCAACAUGUAUCAUGAGGAACAAAAUGUCUGUGAGGACUCAUGUGGUCUCCACUGAGCAGAACAUUUGACAUUUUUUGCUGCAAGUCUCUUUCAUUCAUUUCUACUUUCAUUUUUUUUUUACCUUUUUAUGCAUCAUUGUUCCCUUUUUCCACGUUACAGGUAAAAAUAAAGACUUGACAUUGUGCCAAUGCA